AUGAAGCUACUGUUCACAAUAUUAUUACUGUCAGUACUACUAAGCGCCACUACUUCCUGGUUAAUCGACAGAACUCCUCCACGAAAGUUUGAUGGGCCCACAAGACUACAAAGACGAGGUAUGUCAUCGUACUCGUUUGGCCCAGCAACCCCACCACCAGGAAUGGCUGGUGAACCCAAUGUACCAUUUGGCACUAUGGAUAUCUCUGUGAACUUUUAG